AUGGAGAAGAAUGCAAAGGCUAGAAAAAUCCUUAUUUAUGGACUUAAUCCUGAUGAAUACAACAGGAUAUCAGCUUGCUCUAAUACAAAGGAGAUCUGGGAUAUACUCCAAAUCGCUCAUGAAGGAAUAAACCAAGUGAAAAGAUCAAGGAUAGAAUUACUUAUGAGGAACUAUAAGCUCUUCUCUAUGAAGGAGUCUAAGCCCAUCCAGGAGAUGAUGACUAGGUUUACUAUAAUAACCAAUGAACUGAAAUCACUUAGUAAGUUAUUUACCUCAGAAAAGUUGGUUAGCAAAGUUUUAAGGAUUCUUCCAGCCAUAUGGGAAUCAAAAGUCACAGCUAUUAAGGAAGCCAAGGAGCUGGAUAAAAUCUUACUAGAUGAGUUGGUUGGAAACUUAAAGACUCAAGAGAUGAGAAAGAUAGAACUGCGCAAGGAAGAACCAAUGGGGGAUAAGGCCAUGGAUCUUAAGGCAUCUAAAGAAGAUGAAUCUGACAGUGAUGAUCCUGACCUAGCAAUGUUUGCUAAGUACAAGAAGUUCAUGAAGAAUUUCAAAAAUGCAUCUAAGAGAGAGAACAAUGAUAAGCCUAAGCAGAUCAACAAAGCCACUUAUGAUGGAAAGAACGAGCUGAAAAGGAAAAAACAAAAAGAAUUGAGAGAGAAGGGCCCAAACAAAGGAACAAUCCUAGGUGAAGGAUUCACUAAAGCAAUAAAACAGGCUUUUCUAGCAGCAUAUGAGGACAGUGAAAGUGAUAAAGAGGAAGAGGAAGAGAAGGAGGAUGAGGCCAUAAGUCUCUAUGUUGUAAUUGAUGCACAUCAAACAGUGGAGACAGAAUCUCCAGUACAACUUAGAAUGCACAUUGGAAGACCUCCUCUAUUUGAUGGACAUCACUAUGAUGAAUGGAAGAUGUGUAUAGAAACAUUCCUUCAGGCCGCUGAAUUUGAUCUAUGGCUAAUUAUCAGUCAUGGACCAAUCAUCCCUACCAAAAUGGAUGGUGAAAGAAACAAAUGUAACAAGAGAGAAGAGGAUUAUGAUGAUAAAGAUCGUCAGGUAAUCCAGAAAAAUACUAAAGCAAAGGACCUGCCCUACAGAAGUUUUCCUAGAAAUAUUCUCUACAAGGUAUCUUCUUGCAACUCUGUUCAUGAUAUAUGGAGGAUCUUGGAAGCUGAUUUUGGAGAUGAAAAUAUUGAAAUGGCGCUGAUGGCAAUUGAAGAAAGCCAAACAGAAGAAGAAGUGAUAGGGAUGAUGGCCAUGAGUGAUUCAGAGACUGAAGAUGAAACAAAUCAGUUAAUAAGCAACCUUUCAUGUGUCAAACUUGACCUCAAAGAACUUGAAUCUGACAAAGCUGAUUUUGAAGGACAGGUCAAAGACCUGAAGAACCAGGUUCUUAAGUUCACUUCUAAAAAUGAGAAGUCACCUGAUACACAUGGUAAAGGAAAAAUGAGUGAUAUGCAAGAUAAGCUUGAAAAGGAACUAAAAAGGGUUAAAGAUAAUCUUUGUGAUGCUGAAUCACUAACAAAUCAGGAAUUAGCUAUAGAAAACCUGUUCCCAAAUUUGAUCCAAAGUAAGAGACAUAACAAUGUCUACAAGAUAUCUAUUAUGUCCCUUCCUCAGAGUGAGAACACAUGCUUAAGUGUAGUGGAAUAUGACCCAUUGUUACGGCACAGAAGAUUGGGUCAUGCUAGUCUUUCUCAAUUCAACAAAUUGGCAGCAAAGGACCUGGUCCUUGAACUACCAAAAGUUGAGUUCACCUCAGACAAGAAUGAUCCAACAGAAACUGGACUAUAA